UCUACCAGUUCUACCCAAAAUUCUACCCCGGAUACCCUACUGAGAGGAGCAGCUAGUCCCUGCAACACACACACGUGCAUACUCUGAACCAGCCAUCAUGUCUGACGCUGAGAAGUUCCUGUAUGGCGACCGCAGUGCCAUCACCGAUCCUCUGGCUCAGGCUGACUGGGCCUCCAAAAAGCUGGUGUGGGUUCCAUCAGAGAAAAUGGGCUUUGAGUCUGGUUCGGUGAAGGAGGAGAAGGGUGAUGAGUGCACCGUGGAACUCGCCGACUCUGGCAAGAAAAUUAAAGUGAAUAAAGAUGACAUCCAGAAGAUGAACCCACCCAAAUUUAACAAGGUGGAGGACAUGGCUGAGCUUACCUGUUUAAAUGAGGCGUCGGUUCUGCACAACCUGAAGGAAAGAUACUACUCUGGCCUUAUCUAUACGUACUCUGGACUCUUCUGUGUGGUGAUUAAUCCCUAUAAACACCUCCCCAUCUACACUGAGGAGAUUGUCGAGAUGUACAAGGGCAAAAAGAGACAUGAGAUGCCUCCACACAUCUAUGCCAUCACUGAUUCAGCAUACAGGAGCAUGAUGCAGGAUCGAGAGGACCAGUCCAUCCUAUGCACUGGUGAAUCUGGAGCUGGAAAAACUGAAAACACAAAGAAAGUGAUUCAGUAUUUGGCAUAUGUUGCAUCGUCUUCAAAAACCAAAAAAGAUCCUAGCAGCACCAGUCUGUCACAUGGUGAGCUGGAGAAGCAGUUGUUGCAGGCGAAUCCAAUACUGGAGGCUUUCGGUAAUGCAAAGACUGUGAAAAACGACAACUCCUCACGAUUCGGGAAGUUCAUCAGGAUCAACUUUGACGUGAACGGCUACAUCGUUGGCGCCAACAUUGAGACCUAUCUGCUGGAGAAAUCUCGUGCCAUUAGACAGGCUAAAGAUGAGCGUGCCUUCCACAUCUUCUACUACCUGCUGUCAGGAGCCGGAGACAAGCUGCGCUCCGAGUUGUGCCUGGAGGAUUAUGGGAAAUAUCGGUUCCUUUCCAAUGGGAAGGUGACUAUCCCAGGGCAGCAGGACAAAGACCUGUACAGUGACACCAUGGAUGCCUUCAAGAUCAUGAGCAUUCCAGAGGAUGAGCAGACAGGAUUGUUGAAGGUGGUUUCGUCAGUUCUCCAGUUGGGAAAUGUUACCUUCAAGAAAGAGCGUAACUCUGAUCAGGCCUCCAUGCCUGAUGAUACCGCUGCACAGAAAGUGUGCCACCUGCUGGGCAUGAACGUGACAGACUUCAUUCGUGCCAUCCUUUCUCCGAGGAUCAAAGUGGGACGUGAUUAUGUCCAGAAAGCUCAGACACAAGAACAGGCAGAGUUUGCAACUGAAGCUUUGGCCAAAGCCAUGUAUGAACGGCUGUUCCGCUGGCUAGUGAUUCGCAUGAACAAAGCCCUGGAUAAAACCAAACGCCAAGGGGCUUCAUUCAUCGGCAUCCUGGACAUUGCUGGCUUUGAAAUCUUUGAGUUGAACUCGUUUGAGCAGCUGUGCAUUAAUUACACUAACGAGAAGCUGCAGCAGCUCUUCAACCACACCAUGUUCAUCCUGGAGCAGGAGGAGUACCAGCGCGAGGGCAUCGAAUGGAGCUUCAUCGACUUCGGCCUCGACCUGCAGCCCUGUAUCGACCUCAUUGAGAGACCCGCGGGUCCUCCUGGAAUUUUGGCGCUGCUGGAUGAGGAGUGCUGGUUCCCCAAAGCUACAGAUAAAACCUUUGUUGAUAAACUGGUGCAGGAACAAGGGAAUCACCCCAAAUUCCAGAAACCAAAGAAGCUCAAGGAUGAUUCUGACUUCUGUGUCAUUCACUACGCUGGCAAGGUGGAUUAUAAAGCAGUGGAGUGGUUGUUGAAGAACAUGGAUCCUCUAAACGACAACGUCACCACAAUGCUUAAUCAGUCAUCAGAUAAAUUUGUGUCUGAACUCUGGAAAGAUGGUAAGAUUUUCUUUCACUUGGCCACAUUAGCUCUGUAUGUGCUAUCGAGUAUUAAAUUCUACAUCUCUAACAUUUUUUCUCUCUCCUCAACUUCAGUGGACAGAAUUGUGGGACUGGAUAAGGUAGCAGGGAUGUCUGAUUCGGCACCUGGGGCGUUUAAAACCCGUAAGGGAAUGUUCAGAACUGUCGGACAGCUUUAUAAAGAGCAGCUCGCCAAUCUGAUGACCACACUGAGAAACACCAACCCUAACUUUGUCCGAUGCAUCAUUCCCAACCACGAGAAGAAGGCAGGGAAGCUGGAGCCUCACCUGGUUCUGGAUCAGUUGAGGUGUAACGGUGUGCUGGAGGGAAUCAGGAUCUGCAGACAGGGCUUCCCUAACCGAAUCAUCUUCCAGGAGUUCAGACAGAGAUAUGAGCUGCUCACUCCUAAUGCGAUUCCCAAAGGCUUUAUGGAUGGUAAACAAGCCUGUGUGUUAAUGAUUAAAGCUCUGGAGUUGGACUCUAAUCUCUAUCGAAUCGGACAGAGUAAGGUGUUCUUUCGUGCUGGAGUUCUGGCUCACCUGGAGGAGGAGCGUGAUAUUAAAAUCACAGACGUCAUUCUUAAAUUCCAGGCCUGGUGUCGUGGCUAUGUUGCCCGCAAGGCAUUUUCUAAACGUCAGCAGCAGUUAACAGCGAUGAGGGUGAUUCAGAGGAACUGUGCCGCUUAUCUGAAACUCCGGAACUGGCAGUGGUGGAGACUCUUUACCAAGGUGAAGCCUCUGCUGCAGGUGACUCGCCAGGAGGAGGAGAUGCAGGCGAAGGAGGAAGAGCUGGAGAAGGUGAAGGAGAAGCAGCAGCAGUUUGAGCAGCAACUACAGGAGUACACGACCAAACAGCAGCAGCUCAGUGCUGAGAAGCAGGCACUACAGGAGCAACUUCAGGCCGAGACGGAGCUCUGUGCCGAGGCAGAGGAAAUGAGGGCUCGACUGGCCGCUCGGCAGCAGGAACUGGAGGAGAUUCUACACGACCUGGAGAAUCGCGUGGAAGAGGAGGAGGAACGUGUUGUUCAAAUGCAGAAUGAGAAGAAAAAGAUGCAGCAGAACAUUGCGGAUUUGGAGCAGCAGUUGGAUGAGGAGGAAGCAGCAAGGCAGAAACUCCAGCUGGAGAAAGUGACCACUGAUGCCAAACUGAAGAAACUAGAUGACGACAUCAUGGUGCUCGAUGAUCAGAAUGUCAAGCUUAAUAAGGAGAAGAAACAAAUGGAAGAAAGAGUUGCAGAGUUCAGUUCUAACCUGGCAGAGGAAGAGGAGAAAUCCAAAUCCCUGCAGAAACUCAAAAACAAACAUGAAGCCAUGAUCACCGAUCUGGAGGACCGUCUGAAGAAGGAGGAAAAGGCUCGACAGGAACUGGAGAAGAACCGGAGGAAGCUAGAAACUGAUUCCACUGAGCUUAAUGAUCUCAUUGCUGACCUUCAGGCUCAAAUCGCUGAACUUCGUGCCCAGCUCGCCAAAAAAGAGGAGGAGCUACAGGCAGCUCUUGCCAGAGUGGAGCAGGAAACAUCACUGAAAAAUGCUGCUCAGAAGAGGGUGAGGGAACUGGAGGCUCAAGUUUCUGAACUUCAGGAGGAUCUGGAAUUGGAGAGAGCGGCUCGUAAUAAAGCCGAAAAACAAAGACGAGAUUUGAGCGAGGAACUGGAAGCACUGAAAACUGAGCUGGAGGAUACGCUGGACUCCACUGCUGCUCAGCAAGAACUCAGAGCUAAAAGAGAGACUGAGGUUACUCAGCUGAAGAAAACUCUGGAAGAUGAAGCUCAGUCUCAUGAGCAGCUCCUCACCGAAAUGCGCCAAAAACACACACAGGCCUUUGAAGAGCUGAACGAACAACUGGAACAGGCCAAGAGGAACAAAGCAUCAGUGGAGAAAAAUAAACACACUCUGGAGAGUGAACGCAACGAGCUUCAAAUCGAGCUCCAGUCCCUCACUCAAGGUAAAAACGAUUCUGAACAUCGUAGGAAAAAAGCUGAAUCUCAGCUACAGGAACUCCAGCUCAAACAUACAGAGAGUGAGAAACAGAAGAAGGAAAUGGCCAACAAGAUGAGCAAAAUGCAGUUGGAGUUAGACAACUUGAGCAGCACUCUGGCUGAAGUGGAGAGUAAAUCCAUCAAAGCAACUAAAGACUGGUCUUCUGUUGAGUCUCAACUACAGGAUACUCAGGGUUUGCUGCAAGAGGAGACUCGUCAGAAGCUGUCCAUGUCCACUCGUGUGCGUCAGAUGGAGGAUGAACAAAACCGGCUAAAGGAGCUUCUGGAAGAGGAAGAGGAAGGAAAGAAGAGUGUGGAGAAACAACUGCACUCCGCACAGGCUCAGUUAUCAGAGUUGAAGAAGAAGAUGGAGCAGGAAGCAGCAACUCUAGAGAAUUCAGAAGAAGGAAAGAGGAAGCUGCAGAGAGAGAUGGAGAACCUGAACCAGCGUCUGGAGGAGAAAAGCUCAGCUUAUGAUAAGCUGGAGAAGACCAGGGUGAGGCUGCAACGAGAACUCGAUGAUCUGCUGGUGGGUCAGGAUCAACAGCGUCAGAUCGUCCAGGAGCUGGAGAGGAAGCAGAAAAAAUUCGAUCAGUUGCUGGCUGAGGAGAAGACUAUAUCUGCUCGUUAUGCUGAGGAGAGAGAUCGAGCUGAAGCCGAAGCGAGAGAGAAGGAAACCAAGGCUCUUACCCUGGUGAAAGAUCUCGAGGCUGUAGUGGACCAACGGAAUGAACUGGAACGCAGUAACAAACUCCUGAAAACUGAGAUGGAGGAUCUGAUGUCUUCCAAAGAUGAUGUUGGAAAGAGCGUUCAUGAGCUGGAGCGUGCCAAGCGGGCAAUGGAGCAGCAGUUGGAGGAGAUGAAGACCCAGCUGGAAGAACUGGAGGAUGAACUUCAGCUGACAGAAGAUGCCAAGCUGCGUUUGGAAGUGAAUCUGCAGGCCAUGAAGGCUCAGUUUGAGCGAGACCUGCAGGGACGAGAUGAACAGGGAGAGGAGAAAAGGAAACAACUCGUCAAACAGGUACGCGAGAUGGAAGCUGAACUGGAGGAUGAGAAGAAACAGAGAAAUCAAGCUAUAGCAGCAAGAAAGAAGUUGGAGCUGGAUCUUUCUGAACUGGAGGCUCAGAUCGACCAAGCUAAUAAAGCUCGAGAUGAAGCACUGAGACAGCUGAAGAAACUGCAGGCCCAGCUAAAGGAUCAGCUGAGGGAGCUGGAGGAGGUUCGUGCAGCCAGAGAUGCAGCAUUGAACAGCGCGAAGGAGAACGAACGCAAACUUAAGAGUCUGGAGGCCGAGAACAUGCAGCUACAUGAGAACCUGUCGGCUGCUGAUCGUACAAAGAAGCAGAUUCAGCAGGAGAGAGACGACAUGCAUGAUGAACUCACCAGCCAGAACUCGAAGAUGUCGCUGGUAGUUGAGGAGAAGAAGAAGCUGGAGGCUCGGAUUGCUCAGUUGGAAGAGGAACUGGACGAAGAACAGUGUAACGCUGAGCUUGUUAAUGACCGACUGAAGAAAGCAAACCUACAGGUGGACACUCUGACUACAGAGCUAGGGGUCGAGCGCAGUUCGGCUCAGAAGAGCGAGACGGCUCGUCAGCAGCUUGACAAACAGAACAAGGACCUCAAGACCAAACUGCAGGAACUGGAAGGUUCUGUCAAAUCCAAAUUUAAAUCCACUAUCGCUGCCCUGGAGGCCAAAAUGCUGCAGCUGGAGGAACAGCUGGACCAGGAGACCAAGGAAAAGCAGGCCAGUUCGAAGUUGGUACGACGUUCCGAGAAGAGACUAAAAGAGGUUCUGCUGCAGGUUGAGGAUGAGAGACGCAACAGUGAUCAGUUUAAAGAUCAGAUGGAGAAAGCUAACACGCGGAUGAAGCAGCUGAAGCGCCAGUUGGAGGAAGCUGAGGAGGAAGCCACACGCGCUAACGCCUCCCGCAGGAAGUUACAAAGAGAGCUUGAGGAUGCCACAGAGGCCAGCGACGUAAUGAAUCGUGAGGUCAGCGUCCUCAAGACCAAACUGAGGCGUGGUGGUGAUUACACCCUGAACGUUCGGCGUGUGGCGCGUGGUGUGGACAGUGAAGAGGACGUGGACAUGACGAGUGAGACCUCCGAGACGACACCUGAAUAAUGCUUUUGUAGGAAAAACUAAUCGAAUUACACCAAACUUGGGUCUUCUAGUCUUCACACUAUUUCAGUCCAUCACACUUACCAACCCCACAGCACUUAAAGAUUUAGCCAAUACUGUAAUACAUCUGUAUUGUAAUGGGUUGAUGCAGGGUUGCCAGAUUGCUUACUAGAUUAGACAUGUGACUGUGAUGGAAGUCGAUGUUGGAGUAUUUUUACUUUGGCAACCUACAUAUUUUACUUGCACUUGACUGGGAAUAAUGGUUGCCUUAGUAAUUUGAAUACAUUAUAUACAUGUAACAAUAUUAACAAUACACUGAGUCAAGAGGGGACCUCUUUAGCCCAUAACUUUGGCAAAUGUUGAUGAAUUGUCAAAAUUCUUUCACAUUAACAUUGUAACUUGCAAUUGCAAAAACAGAUUGCAAGUGUUGAAUUUAGUCAUAAAUUGACAUUUUAUUGUUCACAAUUAAAGUUGUCACGUGUUAAUAUAAAAAUUGUAAUUGUGAAAAUUAUCAUUUCACAAGGUAUCUUAACUACACGGCUAAGGUGCAGUGGGCAAUAACAAUCACUUUGGCAAAUGUUGAUCUUUUUUUUUUUUUAUUCACUGUUUCAUUCAGAAUUAAAUUGGUAAAGUUAUGGUCAAAGGUACAGAGGUCCCUUUUUGACGGUGUACAAAUAUACUGUAUAUCUGCCUGAUGUGUUGACAUUAAGCAUAAACAGGAAUAAAUAGGGGCUUAAAAUGUUCUAACAUAUUUUUCUAGAUUAUCAUUUUUGUAUUUUUGCCUUUGUCAGAAAAAGUUGCUUCACUUUUUAAUCUCAUCGGUUUAUAGUUUUUUUAUGGUAUAUUGGUAGCACCAUUGUAAUGUACUUAUUUCGAUCAGAAUUUUUGUUCCUUUCGACUAUUAGCACAUUAAUAUAGGCAUGUUAGCACCGGAGCAAAACAAUGCACAUUUCAGUUUCACAUUCCACCCUCUUUUGCGAUUGUUGUUUAUUGGUUGUUAUGGCUAUAUUGUCGUUAUAAAACACACUGCAGUAUUCAAAACAUUUAAAGAUUGAGCCGUGGUUUAUUAGAAGUCUUGUAAAGGUGAUAUAAUAAUCGUGUUAAUGCAUUUGGGUGGAGGGAUACAACAUUAAAAUAGCUUAUUGCCAGAUUUUUAUAUCUGUAUUCCCUUUGAUAAGUCUGAAUAGAUUUAUUUGUUCUUGUAUUAAAUGGAAUCAUUGACUGAAUUUUCUUCCUUUCACUAUGUAAUCAUGUGUAUCUGUAUGACUUGAUCAGAAUUCUGCUUUUCUCCAUGUAUUUUUAAUCACUGCUUUUGUACCAAAACUGCAGCUGCAAUUUUUAUAUCACAGACAUAUUAAAGAUGCAAGUAUGAAAUG